AUGAGUGAUGAUACUGGAGAUAACUCUCCCCCUCCAAUGGGGGAGGGUAUGACAUCCAUGGCAUCCUUAACCCUCGAAAGCCUCAACUCCGCGGACGUAAAUGCUAACAUGACUCAAAAUGAGCCAUGGAAGGCAGACGUUGACCUUACUAUGGAUCUGAACAAUGAUCUCUCGGAGGCUCAUGAAGGGGAUGAGACUGCGUUUUCUCGCUUCGAUACUAGGCUUGAACUUGCGGAAAAUGAUAGCUUGGGCCUAAGCCUCGAAGAAGGUUUGGUUAACUUUCAAGCGGUAUACUCAGGGCCGCCGAGGCAGGGCAGACAAGCGUUCCAACGUGCUAUUGACGACUUCACGACCGCCGAGUUAGUUACAGACUUGGAUCAUUCUACUGAAAAUCAGGCAUCCUUCCUAUCCGAGGGGGGUCAUGGUGCUCAAGGGCCAUCCUGGGGAGAUGAUCAGUCUAACGGCCCGAGUUCCGAACGUCAUGCCUCGCUUGAUCAUGGCAAACUUGUCGAUCAGGAUCCAAAUGAUAUUCCACAUAGUUGGAAAGAUGAGUGUGAUAACGAACAGUACGGCCAGGCUGAACAGCGGUUCAAGCUUCUGGACAAUCCAUCGGCCAAGGAAAAGAUCCUAUUCACUAAGGCAGAGGAAGAAGAAGAAGAAGAAGAAGAAGAAGAAGAAGUGCCAGGCCAUAAGAUUCCUCAGAGCUGUUUUGUGAAUAGCGAGGAUCUACAUGAGGAAGACGAUGGGGCGCUUUUUGUUGAGGAAACCUUUGGUGAUAAUUUCCCCUUAUCUAACGAACAGGCUGACGCCUCGGGCUCAAAUUCCAAGCUCAAUCAGAUAAAAAAGAGAAGGCAAACGCCCUCUUUAAAGGAAAAGACUGCAUCGAUGGAGGUCGGUCUUCAACGAUUGCUUGGAACGAAGCGACGUGAUACCGAGCCUACCAAUCAGACUGAGGGCAGCUCAAACCAGAGGGUUUCCCGACAAAAAACCAAUCGAUUCUCGGCCGAAGAGCUGGAAAGCAUCUGGAGCUCUAGCAGUAUAAUUGCUAGUGCGAAGGAAAACGCGGCAUUGCCUGAGAUCCCGACUUUUACGAAUACCGACAAGUCUAAGGCUCUGAAUGAGCUUAUUGCGAGCCUUCCAGAUCUAUCACCAGAGGAUCAAGCGGCCGCCAAGUCUGACAGACAGCGUAUUUUGGAAGCAACCCGAAAAUUUGAUCACAAACCCUCGAGCGAUGGUGCAGGCGGUUGGAAGGUCAAGGGGUUGAAGACCAGCUUAAGUCACCAUCAGCGAGAGCGGGAGCGAUCAUGCACUGAGCCUUUCGGGGGACUGCUGUGUGACGUUAUGGGGUUUGGGAAAACGGUGACAUCUCUUUCUACCAUCUUGGAUGGAAGACGUGUGAACCAAGAUGAAGAGAAAGCCCCUACCUUGAUUGUCGUUCCACCCGGAAUGAUCGGCCACUGGGCGGAUCAAAUCACCAGGUUUUUCGACACCGAGAUAUUUGGAGCUGUCCAUGAGUAUCAAAGCAGCACGAGAAUGAGUCAACAAAACAAUCUCGAGGUCAUGCGACGAGUUGACGUGGUGCUUGCCUCGUAUGAGCAUGUACGGCGGUCUUACCCAACGCCAAAGGUACCAGCAGGGCUUCAGUCCCCGGGCGAAAUCAGAGAGUGGUGGGCCGCCUUCUUCCAAGAGCAUGUGGGUGUUCUACAUAAGAUGAAAUGGCAUCGAAUCAUUAUUGAUGAGGGCCAUGUAAUCAAAAACCGUGACUCUGCCACAUCGAUAGCAAUCCGAGGACUCAUCGGAACUCAUAAGUGGGUUGUGACUGGAACUCCUCUGCAUAACUGCAUCGAGGAAAUGUAUCCGUAUUUCAACUUCAUUGGGGCUCCACGCUGUGCUAAUAUCGAUGACUUCAAGCAUGAGUAUUGCGAUGGGAAGAGGAACUCAAGGAAGCACCUCAUUGACACUCUGAAAUUGAUCCUCCAUCGAAAAACGCAUGAAAGCAGGCUAUUUUCUCGGCCUAUCCUCAAGUUACCAGGGGUGACUUUGAAGGAAGAGAAUGUUGAGCUCUGUGAAGCUGAAAGGAUCUUGUACGACAAGAUCAUGCUGAUCUUCAUCGAGAAUUUCAAUAAAAUAUCCCGUGGUCUAAUCUUUGAUGCUAAAAUAGUCGCAGACUCUGGCCCGGAAACCGAGGUGCGCCAAUGGGGGUGCAUUUUGACCAUGUUCUUGAAGCUGCGCAUGUUUACCAGCCACCUGCUUACGGCUCAGGAUAUAGUCCAAGACGCGUUCAACGAAGAUACCAUAAAUGCUCUGAAGAAAACAACGGAUAAUGCAUCGGAGCAGAUCACCAGAAUGCUUAUCUUUGCAAAUAAUGGGGGUUCAAUUCCUGUCGCAGAAAGGGACUCUCUGGAAGAUGAGAUUGCUCCGUUGAAGCCCACAGGAAACCGAGAAAAACUGAUCAGAGAAUUCCGUGAGUUUAUGGAACAACUCUACAGAGAGGAAAGGUGGCAAGAUAGCAAGGAGAGACAUGACUGCCCUCGUUGCGGAGGUAUCCCGGUCCAGGCCAUAAUCACCUCCUGCAAGCAUUUGUACUAUGCAGAAUGUUUUGACCAACUUCCGGACGAAGAUGGAAUGCUUGGGAAAGAGCAGCGACUAUGCAGCAAAUGCCCGGGACCGAUAACUGAGGCUGCCUAUUAUGGGGUUUUCGACAGAGUCAACCCAGAGGGAUAUGAAUCUUCAGUGUCAGCGGGCCCAUCUACUGGGACUAAGCGAAAACGAUCCGACAAAGCCGAGAGAUCCCGAGGAUCCAAGAAGUCGAAGAGUACUUCAAAUGGUACUUCAAAGAGAGUACGGUCAUCCAUGAUGUUCGGCCGGCCCGGAUCUCAACCCGACGACGCUGCAGAUGAGGAUGCGUCUGACAAGGAGGAAGACUGGAUUCCAGUCAUUGGGGAGACGACACCUAGUGCUAAACUCACAAGGCUCUGCGAAAUACUAGUUCGAUGGAUUGAUGAAGAUGCAAAUGUCAAGAUCCUCAUCUUUACCCAAUUCUUGGACACAGUCCGGUUGCUGAAGUUGAUGUGCAACCAGAAGGGCUGGGGCUCUACCACGUUGACUGGAAAAAUGGCUCCUAUUGCCCGCGAGAAGAGCAUCUUCAAAUUCCGCGACGACCCAGAGAUUCAAGCCAUGAUCUCCUCAUUCAAGACAGGUGGCGUCGGACUGGACCUUUCUAUGGCAAACAAGUGCAUUCUCUUGGAUCUGUGGUGGAAUGAAGCUCUGCAGGAGCAGGCAUACGGUCGCCUAUACAGAAAGGGGCAGAAGCGGGAUGUUGAAAUCAUCAAAAUCGUCGCUACGGGGACCAUCGAUGACGUCAAAAUGCUUCGACUCCAGAAGGACAAGACGAAAGCCAUCCAGAAAGUAAUCAGUCGCCCAGUGCUUGAAGACCGAGCUGGUGUCGAAGAAAUUCUGGAAACCUUCGGCACAGUCACUAUUAUGGAGGGAGGGGGAUUCCGGAUUGAACCUAACGUCGAAGCAUGA